GUGAGUUUAAAGAUGUAGUAUAGACGGACUCAGGUUUCUACGCUGUAAGGAACCUACAAUCGCAGCGCGAGCGAAAUGAGUGACUGGUUUAGUUCGUGAAGAAGGUCAUGGAUCCACUUGGUUGAUUAAUUAAGUCCUACAUUCGGAGCACUUGCCUGUCCAACAAUGUCAGGACUUCUCACAAGACAGGUAUUAGCACAUAAUCAGAAACUGUUAUCCAUACCACCAUGUCUAUUCUUCAAUCCUUCAAGGACUAAAGUAGGAAUUUAUGAAACAGACAAAAAGUCGGGUUAUGGAAAACCAUUGCCAUCACACAAAGCCCUCCUAAGUGAGGGCAUGAAAGGGCUGAAAGGAGAACUGAAACUGUUUGGACAGGAAAUCAAGGAGAAAUGCUACGCCGACCCGUUUGUCGACGUGCAACACGGAGACUACACGUACGAGUGGAAGAUGAACACAAGGGACGACAUUGACAAGUGGGUGGUGACCAGCGAUCACGACAACAACGAAGGACUGAGCAAAGCCUCGUUAGUUCUCAGCACAAACAAUACUGCAAUGUUUCAUGGAUAUUUAUCUCAAGAGGUGAUGAAGGAUGGCAUACAGAAGCGAAGUGGGUACGCUGGGAUACGCUCUCCCAGUAGUUUUAAAUCCUUCAAGAGGAAGGUGUCCUACGACUGGUCUAUCUUCAACUGCUUGGUGAUGCGAGUUCGUGGGGAUGGGCGCACCUACAUGAUCAACAUCCACAUGAAUCGAGCCUUCGACGUGGGCUGGAAUGAUCAGUAUAACUAUGGCCUGUUCACCAGAGGGGGGCCAUACUGGCAGGUUGCCAAGAUUCCCUUCUCCAAGUUCUACCUGACCAGCAAGGGCCGGAUCCAGGACAAGCAGGAGCCCAUCCAGCUGACCAAUGUGUCCACCAUGGGCCUGAGUAUAGGGGACGGCAAUGAGGGGCCCUUCUCCCUGGAGAUAGACUAUAUCGGACUCAUGUACGAUGAAAACCACUAUGAAGAAUUUGCUUAUGAAAUGUACCAAGCUAAUCCAGCUCAUGUCGGUACAUAGGCAACUGUUGCAUGCUUAGAAUUGGUGAAAUAUUUUGAAAUUACAUUUA